AAACAAGAAUCCAAACACUAAGAAGUUGUAGUCAUUACCAAUAAUCUUUACUAUUAUUUAUGAGAAUGGAAAAACAUGAUCAUCUCCAGCCAAUGUUGUUCCGAAUUCUUCUAAUUGUAGCCUUUCUACUACAAUUCAACAACACAUACCAAGUGAAAGCUCUUACUUCUUCAUCUGAUAAGCAAGCCCUCCUGCAGUUCAAAUCCUCCCUGCUCGAUCCUCUAAACACACUCUCCGGUUGGAAUUCCACCUCUUUCCAUUGUUCUUGGAUUGGCAUUUCCUGCUCCAACGACACUAAUAACCACCGGGUCAGUUCCCUUAGUCUUUCUGGUCUUGGACUCUCUGGCACCAUUUCACCUCAUCUUUCAAACCUUACUUCUCUAGAAAUAUUAAACCUCUCCAAUAACUCCUUUUAUGGGAUCAUCCCUGAAGAGUUAUCGCGACUGUCAUCCCUUAAAAGGCUGAUUCUAGCAAAAAAUUCCUUAAUUGGCCACAUUCCAGCUAAUCUUUCUAGAUGUUUUAACCUCGAAUCAAUCCGUUUGGAGUAUAAUAACUUAAGUGGGAUAAUCCCACCUGAACUACAAAGCCUCUCCAGACUUCAAGCUCUUGGGAUUAAAGUAAAUAAUCUAACAGGACAAAUCCCCCCGGAAAUAGGAAACCUCAAAUCUCUAGAGUAUCUUUCGAUAUCCGAUAACCAACUUGUGGGAAACAUUCCCCGAAAUUUAAGCAAUCUUGGAAAUCUCGUUGUACUCGAGUUAUCGCAAAAUAAAUUGGUCGGAGAGAUACCCGACACGAUUCUCAACAUGUCUUCUUUACACCAUCUAUCUUUAGCAUAUAAUAGCCUCUCAGGAACUAUUCCAGCUAGUAUUAUAGGAUGGUCAAGUCUUAGAGAACUAUUUUUGGGGCAUAACGAGUUGGAAGGGAUAAUCCCACUUUCUUUAAGCAAUGCUUCCAACAUCGAGAGGCUUGACUUAUCCUUCAAUAACCUUCAAGGGGUAAUUCCAUCGAUGGGUAAUUUGAAGAAUCUCACAACAUUGCAUCUUGUUGACAACAAUUUAUCUUCAAACACUGAACUCAAUGUUGAAAUGUUCAAUUCACUUACAAAUUGCACCAAGCUAGAAAAAGUUUGGAUGGGUUCCAAUCAACUAGCCGGAGAGCUUCCAGCUUCAGUUUCAAAUUUGUCGACAACUCUAAGAGAGUUCUGCGUCGAUAACAAUCUUCUGACGGGUCGGUUUCCUGAAGGACUUGACAAGCUUCGGAAUCUCACGGUCUUGGCAAUACAACAAAAUUCUUUCACUAAUGAGAUACCAAUCUCCAUUGGGAAGCUUAGCUCGUUAUAUAUGUUGUCAGCUCAAGGGAACAAGUUCACGGGCCAAAUCCCCGAUAUGUUUGAGAACUUAACUGAGCUAUCCAUCUUCACAAUUGGGCAGAACCAGUUGUCAGGAGUGAUACCAUCGAGUGUAGGAAAAUGCCAUAAAUUAAGAAUAUUGGGGCUAACCGGGAACAUGCUUAAAGGAAACAUCCCAAGUGUGAUUCUUAAGCUUCCAGGUCUUCAACAAUUGCGUGUGGCGCAAAAUUUAUUGACAGGUUCUCUUCCCUUUGAAGUUGGAAGCCUUAAACAGCUCGAAAUCAUGGAUGUUUCGGGCAAUAUGAUAUCGGGUGAGAUCCCGAGAGAAAUUGGAGAUUGCUUGAAUCUACAAACUCUUAAUAUGGCAAGAAACCAACUUGUUGGUAGAAUACCUGAUAAUCUAAGUAAACUUUCACUGUUAUCAAGCUUGAAUUUGUCUUUUAACGACUUGGAAGGACAAAUUCCAGUAGGAGGCGUCUUCAUGAAUAUCGGUUGGAAUUCUCUCCAAGGAAACACUAAGCUCUGCACUGCCAUCCAAGAUUCGACAAACAAGUUCAAUGUUUCGAAAUGUGCCGUUAUUCGCAGCUCACCAACCAAGCCUUCAGCUCUUUUGAUCAUAAUCCCAGUGGGAUUUACCGUUCUGGCAUUUGUUCUGUUUUGUUUUAUUCGACAAAUAGUUUUGUACAAGAGGCAGAAGAAACGAGGACAUAAUUCAUCUUCAACUCCAUCGAUCAAGAGAAAACAUCAACUGAUAUCUUACUCUAAGAUCCUGCACGCUACCAAUGGUUUCGCAAAAGAAAACUUGAUUGGAAAGGGAGGUUUCGGAGAAGUGUAUAAAGGAACAUUCCGAAAUUCAGAAGUAAGUGCCGAUCACUCGGAUGAAACCUUGGCAAUAAAAGUUUUUGAUUUGAAGAUAAGCAAAGCGAGUAAGAGUUUCAGUGUGGAAUGCGAAGCAUUAGGUGUGAUCAGACAUAUGAAUCUCGUGAAGGUGUUAACUUCAUGCUCUAGUAUUGAUCACCAAGGAAAUGAAUUCAAGGCCUUGAUAAUGGAGUUCAUGACUAAUGGGAAUCUUGAUCAAUUGUUAUAUCCAGAAGAUGCUGAAAUUGGAACUACUCUUUCCUUAUUACAGAGGAUUAACAUUGCAAUUGAUGUAGCUUCUGCCAUGGAUUAUCUGCACAAUGAUUGCAGCCCGGGUAUUGUGCAUUGUGAUCUAAAACCAGGAAAUAUUCUUCUUGAUGACAACAUGGUGGCUCACGUUGGAGAUUUUGGUUUGGCGAGAUUCCUCUCUGAGCGAGAGAAUAGCACGAUAGGACUAAAAGGCUCAAUCGGUUAUAUAGCCCCAGAAUAUGGAGUGGGAGGCGUAUGUUCGACAAAGGGAGAUGCUUACAGCUUUGGGAUCUUAGUAUUGGAGAUGCUCACAGCAACAAAACCUACAGAGGAGUUGUUUCAAGAAGGAUUGACUCGGAAUAAGUUUGAGUUAGCAUGCGAAGAAGGCAACCUGCACAAUAUUGUAGAUCCCAGGCUCUGGAUCGAAGCUGAACAAAAUGGCUCAUCCAGUUCGAGUAGUACCAUCAUAAGUACCAACAUUUCCUCAAACAAUUGGCAUGCGAGAUAUGUGGAGUGCAUGGUAAUGCUAAUGAGGAUAGGCUUGUCAUGCGCGGCAAAUUCGCCUAAGGAUCGGUGCAACAUGAGAGAAGCCUUGACCAAAUUGAAAACCAUCCGAGUUACUUUCUUGAAUGAAGCAUGAUCUUUUUUUCUUUAUAAAUUUAAAUUUGACUCUGUUACCUACGAGCAAAUUGAAUGUACCAUCAACAUUAUUAAGUAUGCCUUAUUCACAUCUUGUGAUGAAUUUGAUAUAGUACAUGGAUAUAGGCUUCAAAAAUUUAAUCAUAUCAAAAAUUGAUAUUA